CCUCCGUCUCCGUUCCAAUUCCCUCCCCACCGCCGCGGCUCCGCAUUUCGUCGAGCACCUCGCGACCUCGCCUGCACGAGGAGAUGGCGGGGCGGGAGCGCGACGCUGGAGGGGGUUCAUCCCCGUACGUGCUGAUGCUCCGCGAACACGGCGAUGCGGGGAGGGGCUACGCGCUGGAGCUCGCUCCUUUGCCGGGCGGGGGCGCGCCCCCGCGCUCUCACGGCCACGGCUCGACCGGGGAGGCGGCGGCGGCGGGGGCGGGCACGGCCCCUCGCCGUCACGGGGGCAGCCCCACGACGGAAGCGGCGAGGGGGACCUCUCGCGCUCGCGGGGGAAGCCCGGGGAGGGAGGCGGCCGCGGGGACGGGCGCGGGCACGGCCUCUCGCGCUCACGGGAGCAGCCCGACGAGGGAGGCGGCGACGGGUCGGUCGCCUCGCGCUCGCUGCGGGAGCGUGGCGAGAGCUCUGUUCCUGACCCCUCGCGCUCGCGGCCGCGGCACGGCCGUGGAGGCAGGGACGGGCACGCCACCUCGCGCCAACGGCGGCCGCACGAGGACGGGUGCGGCUGCGGCGACGGGCGGGGGUGCCACGUCCGGCGCGCACGGGGACGCGGCAGGCGGCGCGGGCGCCGACCUCUUCGUCGCGGAGGCGGAGUACGAUCCGGCAGGUGCCGCGCUGGAGCGCAUUGUGCAAGACAUGAGAGAUAUGAUCUUCUCUCCGAGCCAGGGCAGAGUCUCGCAGGAGGAGCGGUCCAAGAUCAGUGACGCCGAGUACAAGAACGGCAACGCCGACACCAAGGGCUUGCGCGAAGUCCUCAUUCCUGUGUUCUUGUCUCCGAAGAAGAGAGGGAAGGAUGGCAAGCAGGAAGAUGAUGAGAUAUGGAACAAGCGUCAAAUCAUGUACAUCUUCGUGCUCACAACCACAGCUGGCCUUGUGUUCUUGCUGCAACCGCUCCUCCCUGCUGCUUUCGGUCGCUGGAUCAUCAUGGUGGUGGCAGCAGCGUGGGGCGCCGGCAGCAUUGGCCUACCUUGCGGAUUGCAUGGUACCGCGCGCUGUGAGAAAGAAUGCAGCCGGCAUGUCGGUAGGUUCAUCUACACGCUGUUCUCGGUCUUGGUGAUCUACGGAUUCUACCUGGCGGCGAUGCGUAUCGGCGAUGCUCCCGCGCCCACCCCGUCGCCGUCUCUCAAGGGAGGUGAUCGCACAUCUGCUGACAGCAAUGGCGAGUUUUCCUGGGCCUUUUGCUUUGGCAUGAUUGGCCUGUUCGUGCUCCUCGGAAACCUGUGGUCUUCAGUCAGGGGAUGUUGUACGGGCGGCGACAGAGACCCAUGAUAUACGUUGCGGUGAUGUGUUCUUGCGACAUGCCACAGAUUGGUGUGUUUGAUGAUACUACUUGCAUCUAGCGACAACAUCAGGCGCGAUACUGAUGGAUGUGUCGACACUGUACAUUGUUCACACAUGCGACGAUUAUUUGGGUUCCCAUGGGUGGAUAAACGCUUGCUCUUGUACAUUGUUUUCGGUUUAUCAGCCAGAUUCAUGUUUUCGGUUUAUCAGCCAGAUUCACAUGUUUUCGGUUUACCAGGAACACAUAUGCAUCAGCUGUGUGCAUGAGAUGUGGAGCUCAGAUACUGGCAAUUUCCAAUUCAUAGUUUUAGUCAUGGAUAUAGCUUC